GUGCGGGUAUUGGGUCCUAGUUCAAGUAAAUCCAUGAUCAAAACCUCAAGUUGAAAGCAUGUAUUUCUGGCAUGAUGAUGGCGCUGACAGUCAGUUGCAAUAUAACCUCUAUUCGCAAUUGCGUUAUGUCAACGAUAUUAAUAUUGUAACUCACUUUUAAUGCAAUUUAUAAAUAAAUUCAAAGAUGGGUACAGUAUUAUCAGCAGCCAAAAGAAGUAUAAAUAAAUUUAAUAUUGAGGAACGGGCUCAUAAAGUUCUUUCUAAAGAAAAACCAACUCCGGCACCCAAGCAUCCGAAAGAUGUUAAAAUAUUUCAAAAGGCAUUGAAAGAAAACCCCGAGUCUAGCAUGUUAAAGCAGCAUACAGAUCAUGAUGAAAGACUAAAGCAUGUUUAUCUUGAAUCUUAUGAUGUGGGGCCUGAUCACAGGACAGAGAAAUCUGAUCCUUCUAAACCAUUACCGUUAAAUCGAUCUGCUGUAGAACCUCCUAUAUAUGGGUUUCAUGAGCCCAAUCACGUACCCUAUGGAAAAUGUACUUUGAAGCAGGCUAUAGAGUUUAUUGAAGAAUAUAAUAAAGAUAAACAAAUGAAUAAUGCAAAUGCAAUAGCAAAUAAGUACAAACUGUCUGAAGAAACAACGAGUGCUAUUCUAGAACAUUUUAGAGUAUUUCAAGUAUAUGUACCUCCUAAACUAGAAAACAAAAGUCCUUUGGAUUUAUUACAGACAGCUGAAAAAGCUUCAAGAACGAUAAAAAUUGGAGAUAAAUAA